AAAUAGCGGACCUCUCUGUCCUCUCCCUCGUCUUCCUCCAUCCAUGCAUCUAUUCGUGUGUGCGCCAAGUCAUGCACUGAAUACUGCGGGAUAUCGUGAAUGUCAGCGUGAAGGAAAGCGAGAAGAAAGAGGACUGGAUCAUUUUGUCUGUCGGGCAUCAUGAUACUGGAUACAGUGGAAUGUGAGUUGUGAGGUUGGUGCAGUGAAUCCAACAUGGAGGAGAAGAAGAAUGGAGGAGGAGGGGAGCAGUGGUCUUCUCCAGGAGCCUCGUCUGCUCCCUCCAGCCCUGCCUGCUACAGGAGCAGCAUCAUAGCUUUCCUCUUCUUCUUCCUCGUUAUCGGGGUCUUUGUGGGCCUGCUCAUUGCCUACUUGGUGCAGGAGCAGCACUAUUUUAUGGAGACGGUGGAGCUGAAAGGUCUGAAGUAUGAUCCAGUUCUGCAGGAUGAGAACUCUGGUUUUUCCAUAGUGCUGACAUCAGUUUUAAAGUCCAAGAUUAAAAAUGUCUUCACUGCCUCGUCGAUAUCACAUCACUACGUUGAUUGGAGUAUUGUUGCCUAUGGUAACAUUAAUGGUGAUGUGAUGGCAACAUUCAGACUGGUCUUCAGGGUGUCCAAGGUCCAGCGGUAUUCAGAUAACUUUAUUCAGGACCUGCUGAGAGCUGGACUCAGCGCUGUAAUGCACGGGCAGCCACUGGAGGUGCCUGGAUUUGGAGAGAUCAACGCUAUCAUCUUACUGGGAGCCAGUGGGAAAUCAUUUUAUGCUAUUGGAGAUGAGAUAAUAGCCAGGUGUCCUGACAACACCUUCAGCUGUGACAACGGAGAAUGCGUCACCAAACUGAAUCCAGAGUGUGACUUCAUCCCAGACUGCGCAGACGGAUCUGAUGAAGCUCGUUGUGCCUGUGGUACACGUCCCGCUAUGGGGAGUCGGGUGGUGGGUGGUGAGGAUGCUCGCCAAGGGGAGCUGCCAUGGCAGGUCAGUCUGAGGCACCAUGGACGCCACACAUGUGGAGCCUCCAUCAUCAACCAACGCUGGCUGGUCAGUGCAGCACAUUGCUUUGAGAGGGACAACGACCCCAGAGAGUGGACAGCCCUUGUAGGGGCCAGUAGAGUGAGCGGAGAGGAGUCUGAGUCCACAACCAUUAACAUCAAGUCGCUGGUUGUGUCUCCGGACUACAACCCCAUGACCACUGACAACGAUGUCACUGUGCUGGAGCUGGAGACUCCUCUCACCUUCAACUCUUACAUCCAGCCUGUGUGCUUGCCCUCCCUGUCUCAUGUGUUUGCCCCUGGACAGAGCUGCAUGGUGUCAGGGUGGGGCGCACUGCACCAGUUUAACGCGGAUGUGCCUCCCGUACUGCAGAAGGCAGUGGUGAAAAUCAUUGACUCCAAGGUGUGCAAUAAAUCUUCUGUGUACAGAGGAGCUGUUUCCCACAACAUGAUGUGUGCCGGAUUCCUGCAGGGCAAGGUGGACUCAUGUCAGGGUGACUCUGGAGGGCCUCUGGUGUGUGAGGGGGCCCCAGGGAGGUUCUUCCUGGCUGGGGUGGUGAGUUGGGGUGUUGGCUGUGCCAUGAUCAACAGACCUGGGGUUUAUUCUCGCGUCACAAGGCUCCGCAACUGGAUUCUAAGCCAUGCAGAUCCCAGCUUGGUCCAUGAUUACUCCCAAUCUGUUCCCACUGUGCCAGUAACUGUGACAGGUGGAGUCUUCCAUAAUCUUCCAGUACCCAUAACCAUAGCCAUGGAUGUGUCAUCUGCACCAACACUAACUGGGUCAAACUGCAGUGGAAAUUUCCAGUGUAGCACCACAUCCUGCAUCAGUAAGGUCAACCCAGAGUGUGACGGCGUCCCAGACUGCCAUAACCAGGCCGACGAAAGAAACUGUGACUGCGGAGCACGUCCUGCGUUGGGCUCCCAAAGGAUCGUGGGUGGGGUCACAGCUCGAAGAGGGGAGUGGCCUUGGAUUGGCAGCCUCCAGUACCAGAGACUUCACCGAUGUGGCGCCACACUCAUUCACAGCAAAUGGUUACUCACAGCGGCACACUGCUUCAAAACUGACCCCGGCCCCACUCACUGGGCUGUGAGCCUGGGAUCCGUGCUGCGCUCUGGGUUAGGAGCCCUGGUCAUCCCCAUCCAGAGGGUUGUCAUACACCCAGCCUUCAAUGGCACCAACAUGGACCACGACGUGGCUCUGUUGGAGCUGGUGGUCCCGGCCCCCAUGUCCUACACCAUCCAGUCUGUCUGUCUCCCCUCCCCGGUGCACCGAUUCCUCAAGAAUGCAGAGUGCUACAUCACAGGCUGGGGAUCCAUGAGGGAAGGAGGUUCGUUGACCAACCUGCUGCAGAAAGCUGCAGUGAACAUUAUAGACCAGGCAGACUGCCAGCAGUCGUAUGGAAACGUGCUGACUCCUACCAUGAUGUGUGCUGGUUCCAUGGAGGGAGGCAGAGACACCUGCUUGGGAGACUCUGGAGGGCCUCUGACCUGUCGUGAGCCCUCUGGCCAGUGGUUUAUUGCUGGAGUGACCAGCUGGGGACAUGGAUGUGGCCGAAUUGGUUUUCCAGGGGUUUACACUCGCGUUACGUCUGUAAGGAAAUGGAUAUCUACAUACCUGCCUUUCUGAAGAGGAAAAAUAGAUGACAAAAUACACUGACGGGAUUUUCCUGAUACAUCUCCAGAAAACUGUACUGUACAAGGACCAAAGUCAUGCUAAAAGCCACACAUUAUGACCUGUGUGAGGUGCUGUCAUAGGUGCUGUUUGUAAUACUGUGCAAUCAUCUCAACUGGGACCAUCCUCUUUCAUAAUGUACUGAAGAAAUAUGGAGAAUACUGAACUGUGGCUUUCGGACACUCUCUUAGCACAUGCAUGAUUGAAAGUAUUUAUUUCAGUUAUUUAUUUUCCUGACCGGUAACCUAACUGUACAUGGUGCAUUUUUAUUUUUUUCAUUUUGUGUGGGGGCUCAUAAUAUAUUUGGUUCAUUUAUCGGUAAAUUUCCUUGUCUUUUUUUUGUAUCUAUUCUGAGAAAAUAAGACAAAGGUGCAAUGUAAAAGUUAUAACUGAGAGGUGGGUUUUCUGGGAAAAAUAUAGUUCUGUAUGGAAAAAGUGGAAUUAUCUUUUAAGUAAUUGUGUUGAAGCAAUGAGAUGCAAAAAAAGGGCUCUGAUU